AUGAACGACCAUCCGGCAUUGAGAAAGAUCAGGUUGAACCUGGCCCGGACAAAAGAAUUCCCUCAGGGGUCCGCGCGGCACGGGUACGAAUUUACGGCGCCACUCAACGAAACCGGGCACAUUGAUGCGACACUCUGGAAAAAGGAGCGCGACCACUGUCGCGUCCGUCGGUUCUGGGGCAGUGAAGAAGAGGAAGUCGGUCAUCUGAUCCACCGGCCCGGCGGAUCCUGGGCGUUUCACUACGACAUCGACGGCGAUGAUGACGAUGAGGCGGGCUACCGUUUCGGCGCUCAUGCCUUCAAUCCGGGUGAGUACGUGUCGAUCAAGGACGAAGACGGCGAUAUGCACACGUUCCAGGUCGUAACCGUUCAGCCGGUUUGA